GGUGGCGGUAAUCAAAGCAUUCAUUCAAAGUUUCCGGAUCAAAGGUGAAAGUUGAACCGUAGCAGCAGCGCUCUCCUUACGUUAGCCAACAACAAUGGCUAAACAUCAUCCAGAUUUGAUCUUCUGCAGAAAACAAGCCGGUGUCGGUAAGUAGGAACCUACUUGGGAACGCUUUGAUUCUGUCUUUAUACCUUCGCCUUUUCUACAUGCUGCGUUUAAUGAGCUUAAUGUCAAAUUCCAGCCUCUGUGUUAGCAUUUACAGCAUGGUUCAUUGAUACAAAAGCCCAGGGUCCGGGUCCAACCAAACGUUUCUGUCAAAAAAAUAACACUGAACUUCCUGUUUAAUUCACAAAUACUCAUUAAUUGAGCUUGCAUCAGUAACAUCUAUAACAACUACAACAUCGAUAUCAUCAACAAUGUAUUCAACAUCAGUAACAUCUAUAACAUCUCUAACGCCUAACAUCAAUAACUCCUAUAUUAUCAAUAUAACUUCUAUAACAUUCUCGUCUCUGUUUUCAUUUCUCAGCUAUCGGGAGACUGUGCGAGAAAUGUAAGUGUUAAAACCGCCAAUUUGUUUGUCACACACAUUGUACUUGGAUAAGGAUUUAUCCUGAAACGCCUUUCUGAGAGAUUUCCCUGUGUUUAGGUUUACAUCAUUUUUGACUGCUUUAAUCUACUUCUUCCAAGGUGAUGGGAAAUGUGUCAUCUGUGACUCCUAUGUGAGGCCGUGCACGCUGGUGCGUAUCUGUGAUGAGUGUAACUACGGAUCCUACCAGGGCCGCUGUGUCAUCUGUGGAGGGCCCGGGGUGUCUGAUGCAUAUUACUGCAAAGAGUGCACCAUCCAGGAGAAAGACGUGAGUCGCUUAGCACACUGUUUUUUUUUUUUUUUUUAUGUGUGUCCAUACAAGUCUUGUUUUCUUAUUGAAGGGGAUAUUCUGGCGUAAAAUUGAAACACACGUAACACUGAGUUAUAGACCCCCCCCUUGAGAGAUGAAUGUUGCUGACCACUUGCUUCUCUAGUUAUACCAACUUUAGUAACGACUGCACAAUAGCAAUACACAACAGUCUGAGCCACAAAUAAUGCUCAGAACAGCACCUAACUUCAUCAACAGUACACAUAGGGUCCUAACCACAGUACUAGCCACCAAACAUCUUUUCAACUUUGCCUGAUUUCUUUAGAAAAGAGACUAAACACAACUCACCUACUCUCUUCCAGCAGCCGCUUGUUUGUAGCGAGACCUCAGGCGAGUCCAUUACGGACUGCUGUGGGGUGACGUCUUUAUUAUUUCCUUGUUGUAAUAGCCACCAUUUUAAUCAUUUUGCAUUGCGGACGCUGUAGUUCUUCUCAGUCUGAUUGCAUUUCAAUGAGGAAAUGAUCAUAAAUGUUCUUCCUUGAGCUGCGUCACCCAUUAAAAUUUGUAAUGGACUGGCCUGAGGUGUUGCUACAAACAAGCGGCUGCUGGAAGAGAGUAGGUGAGUUGUGUUUAGUCUCUUUGCUAAAGAAAUUAGGCAAAGUUAAAAAGAUGUUUGGUGGCUAGUAUUAUGGCUAGGACCCUAUUUUUACUGUUGAUGAAGUUAGGUGCUGGUCUGAGCAUUAUUUGUGGCUAUAGUGCAGCUUUAUGGUUGAGGUUUGUUUAUGGCUCCUCAGACAGCUGUGUAUUGCUAUCAUGCAGUUGUUACUAAAGUUUGUAUAACUCGAGAAGCAAGCAGUCAGCAACAUUCAUCUCUCGAGGGGGUGUCUGACUCAGUGUUACGGUGUGUUUGACCCCAACUUUAUUUUACGCUGGAAUAUCCCUUUAAUUCAGCAAACCAUAAGAACUUCCAAACUGACUGCAACUGUGUUUCUGUUACAGCGGGACGGCUGUCCAAAGAUUGUGAAUUUGGGCAGUUCAAAAACAGAUCUGUUUUAUGAAAGGAAGAAGUAUGGCUUCAAGAAGAGGUGAAGACACCACAGUCCAGUCCUUUUUUUUAGUUUUUCAGCUUUACAGGUUUCUUAAAAACAUCAAAAUCUUUCUUUUGACUUGUCAAUAAAGUUCUUUUUGUAUUUCAUCCUGUA